GCGCACUGACUGGCCUCCAGUUCCCAGGCGGGAGUCCCUCCCUGCUCCUGCCCUGGCCCCAAAGGCGUACUCUUGGACUUUGAGGAGCACUGGCAGAAAACUACUGGUUUUUCUACAUGAGUGGCGAAGACGAUUUUUGCAAGUAGAAGUGACAUAACAUCUUUUAAGGAUGUCUGAAGAUGAAGAAAAAGUGAAAUUACGCCGUCUUGAGCCAGCUAUCCAGAAAUUCAUUAAGAUAGUAAUCCCAACAGACUUGGAGAGGUUAAGAAAGCACCAGAUAAACAUUGAGAAGUAUCAAAGGUGCAGAAUCUGGGACAAGUUGCAUGAAGAGCAUAUCAAUGCAGGACGUACAGUUCAGCAACUCCGUUCCAAUAUCCGAGAAAUGGAGACACUUUGUUUGAAAGUCCGAAAGGAUGACCUAGGACUUCUGAAGAGAAUGAUAGAUCCAGUUAAAGAAGAAGCAUCGGCAGCAACAGCAGAAUUUCUCCAACUCCAUUUGGCAUCUGUAGAAGAACUUAAGAAACAAUUUAAUGAUGAAGAAACUUUAUUACAGCCUUCUUUGACUAGAUCCAUGACUGUUGGUGGAACAUUUCACAGUACUGAAACUGAAGCUAGUCCUCAGAGUUUGACUCAGAUAUAUGCGUUGCCUGAAAUUCCUCGAGAUCAAAAUGCCGCAGAAUCAUGGGAAACCUUAGAAGCGGACUUGAUUGAACUUAGCCAACUGGUCACUGAAUUCUCACUACUAGUGAAUUCUCAGCAGGAGAAGAUUGACAGCAUUGAAGACCAUGUCAACAGUGCUGCUGUGAAUGUUGAAGAGGGAACCAAAAACUUGGGGAAGGCUGCAAAAUACAAGCUGGCAGCUCUGCCUGUGGCAGGUGCACUCAUUGGAGGAGUGGUGGGGGGUCCGAUUGGCCUCCUUGCAGGCUUCAAAGUGGCAGGAAUUGCAGCUGCAGUUGGUGGUGGGGUGUUGGGCUUCACAGGUGGAAAAUUGAUACAAAGAAGGAAACAGAAAAUGAUGGAGAAGCUCACUUCCAGCUGUCCAGAUCUUCCCAGCCAAAGUGACAAAAAAUGCAGUUAAAAAUCACACUUCAGCGUUAUUGGUGCCAACGCAUCUAUUCUGAUAGUGAUGGCCUUUGCUGCUGUUGACGGACAUUCAGUCAACUUUUGAAACACAAGUAUAUAAAGGUAGUGGCUGUAGAUGUUCAAAUGGGAUUGAACUGUGACGAGUAGAUAUAUUUUGUUGUUUACUGGGGUGUUAAUGGAGAUGUUACAGAUUGAGGAGCCAGGGCUGAGGGUGUAUAAUGUCUGUCAGGUAAAGUUUAAAGAGUGCCAGACAGCCUAUUUUCUGCCUUUACGUGUAAAAACUGAACCCAUAACUCUGAUGAAGACUUGGGACGUGUGGAAAUACUGGGUUAUAGAAGAAUAGUUUCGUUCAUAACCCAGUAGUUUUCUUCCAUAAUGCUGACUUAGAGAUUCUAAGGCCAAGCAUAUUUGUAGGAGAUUAUUUAGGUCUCUUAGCAAGGAGAAGAACAAGAGUUGAAGAACCUUGCUUAUCAGUAUCUAGCUAGGAUUGGGGGCACAGGUGAAUUUGAUAAUGGGGUCCAGUUGGUGAAUCCUGUUGCAUUUGGUGAAUCCCCCAAACUUCUGGUUAAGGAAAUUAAUAAUGCAAGAAAAUGGAAAGAGAAGCCCACCUGCUCUUCAGAUAAUCUUCAUUUGUGACUCUGGCUUCUUUUCUGAACCCUUCCUUCUGCCUCUCUUUAAAUAAAAAUCACAGACUAUGAAGUGGUGGAUUUAUCAGGCCAGUAGCCAAGCUCUGCGUGUCCACCUGUCUCCACACGCCUCAAAGAUCUAGUGCUCUUUGCCUUCCCUCCUUUGUAAUUUUGAAAAGUUCUUUGGUUGGGGUGAAUUCUACCCUUGUGUAAUGAGGACUUGUCUCACAGUCUGCUUUUUUUGUAUUGUCUGCCACCAUCUCUGUCUAUCCUUUCCUAUAACCUCUAGGUUAAAAUAAUAAUAAUAAUAAUAAUAAUCCCAGAAUAUUCCCAACAUUGUUAGAUUUGGGGGUAAAAAUGAGCAGGGGGAAAGCAUGAGAUCAUUUCCUGGGGCAUCUUCCAGUUUCAAGGGGCUGCUGUACCUGCCACACAAGGAGUGUUGACCUCCGUCGUCUUUUCAGCUGUCCUUUGGGGAAGCUAAGAAGUAGCUUUCUGUCUCUACUAUUGUGCUUUCCCCAGGCUUUGCUAUCUUCCUAUGCUGUCCUUCACUUUUCACAGCUGCUCUUUCUUCCCAAGGAUGGUAUUCUUGUUUGCCUUUCCUCAUACUCAAGGUGAGCAUGGACUCAGCCCCGUGGAAGUCAGGCCUGAUGAAGGAUUUGUGGUGCUAAUCUCAAUAGUUGACAUUGACGGCAAGGAUGGCCCAGCCCAACCCAAUGUCUGUCUCCAACAGUUAAAAGGCUUUAAACCUAGAAAAGAAAUUUAAGGUUGCAGACAGCCUCACCCUCCAUCCCUAACUUAUUUGAAAUAGAAAGAACCACCUGUUGCCUUACUCUUUUCCCCUUUCUGAGGACAGAGGAGCGGGCAUCUGCAUCCCAAAAGGCGUGAGCUGUUUCUGCCCAGGAGUCAAACAGGUUCAACAAAGCGUUGAAUGGUUUAUCAUUUCUCCCUUGCUGAGUUUAUUUUUAAUAACUUUCAUUGAUUGCUGCCUUUUAUUUCUGUGUCAAAUCUAAAGAGACCUUUCUCUUCCUGCUUUUUGAAUCUCAUCAAUGAAUUCCAGGGAGAGAAAGCACCAUUUCUUGUUAUCAUUAAUUAAUUGGAGAAUAUCAAGUAUUGCUAUCUACUGACUUGUAUCUUUUCCCUCCAAGAAGGAAAUCAUUUGAAUAAAUGUCAGAUUCUGGUCCAGUAUUUGUUUGAUUUUGAAUACCCAUAAAGUUGGAAUCAUUACUUUUGAACCCCUCCUUUUUUUAAGUUUUCUGAUCCUUGCUGUCCCUUUAACACAAGAUGCCCAAGCCAGAAUGAGCAUCAGAAUCAUCCAAGGAGCUGAUUUAAAACAAGAUUCCACAACUUCAGUUCCACAGAUGAUUCUGACAUAGCCAGUCCAGCCUAGUUAACAUUAGAAGUUUACAUCAAUACUCAGCUGUAUCAUUUAAUUCUGUAAUUUCCAGAAUUCCACUCCUCAGCAUAGCCCAAUCUUGAUCACUGCAGAUUAUCUCCCCCCUCUACUAACCGGUAAUUGGCCAUGCUUUGAGCCCAGCAUCUUGGCAGCACUAAGGGCUCCUUGUAAUGCCAGGCUAAUUUUAUGUCAGGACACAAAGGAGAGAGAGGAGGGCUGCAAUGGAAUCUCACAUCUUGUUUGGGUUCUCAUGUUUCCUGAGCCAGUGAAAGUGUGUGGGACACCACUGCAAGUACUUAUGUAGACUUUUGAUUUUUGCUACUCAUCGGGGUUGGAAUAUUAUUCCAGCAGUCUUCACACAUAGGCAAGUUAUAGUACUUGAAAAAAAGCUAUGUAAUUUGAAAUUAUUUAGAAAUUAUAUCUACUUUCUCCAUAAUAAAACCUAAUGGCCAAUUUUUGUAGAAAUUGCUAAAAGUACUUAAUCAACUAUAAAUUAUAUAGCCAUAAAGUAUUAAGUGUUCAGGAGUAUAAAUUAGCCAGUACAACUCAGAGACAAAUCUUAAAAUUGAAUGUCAUGUCCUACAGCAUCAGAUUAAAUUUAUCUUCUCUAUCGUUCAUGUCUUAUUUUUACUACAGUACGUUAGAAGGUAAAGAACUUUGAUUAACAUCUUAAAAUUUAUAGGGAUUCGUUUGGGUAAAGGCAGCACUCCUAAAGACUUUUUUUUUUUUUUUUACAUAAUCAAGAAUUUCUCUGUAGAGAGGAGACUUUGAAACUUUGUAACCCACAGUAAAAAAUGUAUUUACAUCAAAACUCAGCAUAUGCAUAAUGGAACAAUACUUACCCUUAUUAUGUGCAGUGCAUUGUGUUGUUUUUUAUUCUGCUUCAGUUUUUAAAAUAUGCUAGUUGUAAUCCACUAAAUUGAUUUCAUAAUCUAACAAUGGGUUGCAAUCCUUAGUUUGAAAAAAAAAAAAAAGAAAAACCCGAUAGA